UCUCUCCCCUUUUCCUUUUCUCUCUCCCCGGGGUUUUUGGUUUUUUUUGUUGAGCAUGCCAUCGGUCUGGAGCAAGCCGGUGGUCGCUGGGGGGGCCUCUGGUUUCGGCCCUGCCGUGGAACAGAUCCCCGCAUCCGAGCUGGAGGCAGGGGAAAGGCUAGUGGGCUUACGCCAGGGGUCACGUACUUUGACUGAAUAUGCGACCGAGUUUCGUGCUCUCGCCCCACUAAGUGGAUGGUGCCAGGAGGACCUGUGCGUGUUUUUCCAGCAUGGCCUGAGGGACACCCUUCAGGGUGGGCUAAUCUCCUUCGGGCUGGACCAAUCCUCGGACCUCGAGGCCCUCAUGGCGUCGGCCCUCUGCUUGGAGACUUAUAUCCAGGAGCAUACGGAGAAGCCUCCUGCUUCGCCCCGAGCCCCGGAGAAGCCUCCUGCUUCGCCCCGAGCCCCGGAGAGGCUGCCUGCUCCGCCUCAAGUCCAGGAGAGGCCACCUCCUCCCCCGCCCGUUGUCCCGGAGGGGCCUCCGCCUGCUCCGCCCGUUGUCCAGUCCGGUGGUUGUGUCGCGUCUCUGUCCAGUCCGGUGGUUGUGUCGCGUCUCUGUCCAGUCCGGUGGUUGUGUCGCGUCUCUGUCCAGUCCAGUGUUUCUGCCACGUCUCUGUCCAGUCCGGUGUUUCUGCCGCGCCAUAGUCCAGUCCGUGUUUCUGCCAUGUCUUCGUCCAGUCCAGUGUUCUGUCCUGCCCUGCGAAUUCUGUUCCUUGUCGUCGUCCCAGGUCCUGUCUUGUCUUGUCCCAGCCCUGAGUCUUUGGUUUGCCAGUUCUGUCCUGUGUUUUUGAGUCCCGUUUUGUUUGUCACCCCCUCCCAGGACCAGUCUCCUGGGACGUCAAGAGACGUCCCCCCCGACACACAUUGGUUUGAUGUAUGCAUGUAUGGAUUAAUAAUUUGCGCAUAUAUUGGUUUGUUGUUUACAUAUAUAUUGGAUUUACAUUGAUACUUGUAUACAAAUUUAUUGGUUUGAUUGUCACAAACAUUGGUUUGCUUCACAUAUAUACAGUAUUAGUUUGCUAUAAGCGUGUGUUGGAAAGUCAUUUGUGCAUAUAUUGAUUUUUUUUAUUGGUGUUUUUUUACAACACUCCAUACAUAUGCAUACCAAACAAAUUUAAAUGAAAAUAAACGAAUAAAUGCCUAGGCUAAAUAAACCAACAUAUGCGCAAGUGACUUACCAACACAGGGCUAUAUUAAUGCAAUAUGAAUGUGAAGCAAACCAAUGAACAUGACAGAUAAACUAAUAUAACUGUACAUAGAAAACCAAUAAGUGCAUGAAUGACAAAUCAAUACAUACGUAUAUGAAUGUGAAGCAAAACAAUAUAUAUAGUAUAUAGUACAAUAGUAUAACGAUCAAACUAAUAGAUGUGUAAAUAGGAAACCAAUAUAUGUGUGAAUGACAAACCAACACAUGCUUAUAGCAAACCUAUAUAUAUGUGAAGCAAAUCAAUGUUUGUGACAAUCAAACCAAAAAAUGUAUAAAUAACAAACCAAUAUGUGUGCAAAUUAUUCAUCCAUACAUGUGUAUAUCAAACCAAAACGCGUGUGAAGUAAAUCAAUAUGCAUGACAAUCAAGCCAAUGGACGCCUCAUAGAUUUUUACUUACCUUGCUCAAAAACAGUUUUUUAGACAUAUUUCCCACAAAGGUUGUCAAAUUUCUCUGUUCUGUUGGCACACAGUAGAGGUCUGAAUUGCACAUGUAUAAACCUGAAAUGGCUACCAUAGCAGCAGUGUACAAACAGUUAUUGACCGUGUUACAUUUAUGACUCUCCCCUACUCACUGCUUCAUGUCCACAGAUGAGCAUGUGCUGUUUUAACUCCUUACAUAAAUUAUCGAUCUAUGCAGUGCUCCAUGAAAGCCAUAAAAAUGAGCUGCGUUUGCUUGGAGCAAACAUGAAGACUGAAUUAAUGAAAAAUGGAUACCAGAACAGAAUCAUUUGAAAUGAAUUUCCCAUUGAAAAGGAAUAUGUUGCUCAAUUAUAAUGAUGCAUUCUUUUAUUUUUCUUUUGUCCUUUCAGCUUUUUCACCAUUAGAGG